AUGGAUAGUGAAAGUGGAAUUCCGAUUUUGGAUUUUCGAAAGAGCAGUGGAGUGACGUUAGAAGAAGGAAGCGGAGGUUGGAAAGAAAUGAGUAAGAAAGUGCGAGAAGCAUUUGAGAGUCAUGGUGCUUUUCUUUUAAGGUGCGAUGAAAUACCGAAUGAAUUACGUGAAAAAAUGUUCACAGGUAUGAAAUCUUUGUUUGAACUACCUGAGGAGACAAAGUUGAAAUUCUCUAGCUCAAGAGCAUAUAGAGGCUACACUGCCAAGAGUCAUGUUAUUCCUCAUUGUCAAAGCUUUGGAAUUGACGAUGCUCUUAAGCCAAAUACAGCUCAAAAUUUCACUGAUCUCAUGUGGCCGGAAGGAAAUCCAUCAUUCAGUGAGACACUGAGUUCUUUGACCUCAAAAACAAGAGAACUAAGCAGGCUUAUCUUGAAGAUGGUUGUGGAGGGCUUUGGUCUUCCAGAAAAAUACAUUUCAGAAGUUGAAGAGUUGAAUAGCCACAAUGAUUCAAGAAUGACAAGGUACCAACUUCCUGAAGAAAACAAGGAUUCUGAAAUUGCUUUGGUGCCUCACACUGACAAAGGCACCUUAGCCCUAAUAUGCCACAACGAAGUACAAGGUUUGCAGGUUUUACCAAAAUCGGGCAACUGGGUUAAUGUCAACAUUCCUCCAAAUGGUUUCAUUGUGCUUGUUGGUGACAUGUUGAAGGCAUGGAGCAAUGGGAGACUCCAAGCACCAACGCACAGAGUGGUGACAAGAGGAGACAAAGAGAGAUUGGCUUUCAUUCUCUUUGCUGUGCCAAAGCAAGAAACACUUAUUAAGGUGCCUUCUGAGUUGGUAGAUCAAGAUCACCCUCUUCGUUACAAACCAUUCAAAUAUGAAGAGUUCAUAGAUUUUCAUUACACAACUCGCACCGAAAAGGGAGUGCUUGAACAAGUUGCUGGAGUUUGA